UGGAAAGAUGCAUGUUCUCUUUUUUCUAUCUCUAAUAUCUGCUGCAGUGGGUUAUCCUCGUGACCAACGUGGCGCAGAGCCCUCACAUAACGGGGCCCACUUCGCCCCUGGUCCUCAGUCCGGUCACCAUAGCAACUAUUAUAACACCAGCGUGAAUUAUUACUAUGGUAAACUGCCUGGUGAGAAGGAGGAUACCUCUAAGAGGGAAGAUGAUAAAAGGGUGUGGAAAUUUUCUACUGGAGACGAAGGAGGAGCUUACGAAUUCUUGGAUGAUGAUGGAUACUUAAGAGGAUUCCACAUAGACUUCAUCAAAAAACUAUGUGAGAGAGCAGAGAAGGAAUGCGUUUACAUACAAGACGCCUAUAACCAUUGCUGGGAGACAAAGGGUGACAAGGAAUACCCCGGGAAAGGUUUACUCGACGGCUGGUAUGAUGCAUGCGUUGGUUGGUGGCCGUACCCGAGACGAAGGAACAGUUUCAACUUUACAAUCGCUUUCACGAAGGUCGACCGUGCCAAUGUCUACUAUCUCGAAGGAAACAAGAAAUUCAAUCCCAAAGACUUCACUAAUACACAUAUAGGUUUCUUGGAUGGUUGGGCCACUAACAAGUUCUGCCUGGCAGACCAAGGGACGGAUCUUGCGGAGAAGGGAACUGCAGGAGGAUCAUACCAUGAGUUCUACUAUAAGGUCCACAAGGAAAUGGUGAAGGCAUUAGAAAAUGGCGUGAUUGAUGCUUUUGUUUCUCCCGAUUCUGUGUUCAACCCUGCUAAUGUUCAGGGAUUAAAGGCCGUCUCUGAAGACGGAUUUGUCUGUACGAGAGGCGAGGAAGGUGCUGGACAUGCCUUUAUGGCCCAAUAUAAGAAUCCUGUGAUUGACUGGUUGAAUGAAGCUAUGCUUUCCAUCUAUGACGAUGGAACGUUUCGCGAGCUUUGCAAGAAAUCGCAGCAUAAAUACAAUUCAAAAGGAAAAAUCCGAUGUUUAGAUUGAGAGUAAACGUAGUGUAGGAUGUCACACCAUGAUAAUUUUAUGAAUGAAAGUACAACCACACGCAAAAUCACAUGCCACAUUCAACAGGUCUAGACUAUUUAGAUAAAUCUUAAUGAUUCUAAUGAUUCUUCACAACAACGAAUAUGCCUGGACGAUAUGUUAUGGUUGUUGCAGUUUUGGGAACAAAUUCACAUACUAUGCUUGAAAGAAAUAGACAAAAUACAAUUUCGGAGACAAUUGUGUAAUAUAUCGUGAUCGCUAAAAUCAUAAUUAUAUAUUUGUAUAGAUGGCACUAACCUUUUUAUUAGAUUUUGAUGUCUUAGUCAUUGGCGUGAAAUAUCUAGGACCCCUAAUAAU